AUGGCCCGCCCGGAAGGACAGCCGGGGGGCCCCUCCGUGCUCGGUUUGGCGGCCGAGGAUCCCCCCCGAGGAGGGGACAUCUCCUGCCUGGAGCUCUACGGCUUCUCGGCCGGGGUUCCCUUUAGCCAGGGGACCUUCGCUACCGGCCCAGGUCUGCCUCUCUCCCGGCUGGACGAUGGAGAUCCUGAGGAAGAAGAGGAGGAAGAGGAAGAGGAGGAGGAAGAGGAGGAGGAAGGCGGGCGAGCGAGGAGGACUUCGCUGUUGGGCAGACCCAAGAGAAAGCGGGUCAUCACCUACGCACAGCGCCAGGCGGCCAACGUCCGGGAGAGGAAGAGGAUGUUCAACCUCAACGAAGCCUUCGACCAGCUGAGAAAGAAGGUGCCCACCUUUGCCUACGAGAAGCGCCUCUCCCGGAUCGAGACCCUGCGCCUGGCCAUCGUCUACAUCUCCUUCAUGACCGAGCUGCUGGACAGCUGCGACAAGCAAGGGGCCAGCUAG